AUGGAAGUCGAUGAUGGAAACGAGUCGAAACCCUCCGCCUCGCCAGUGGCUUUCAGUUCAGUUUUCGACCCUUCCAAUCGUAUAGGGUUUUUCAAAUCUGCGUUCGCCUUCGCAUCUCAGAUGGCUGCAGAUAUCUUCGACGACAAUCAAGAAGAUAAGAUGGAGAACAAAAUCUUGUCACUUCUUGAUGAUAUCAAGAAAAGAAAACGGGAAAAGAAAGAUGAAUCAGAAGAAGAAGAAGAUGCUGAGAACAAGAGAUUGAGAACAUCGGAAGCAGAUACUAAAAAGCCAUCCCAUGACGAUCCGUCGCCGCCGAACAAAAACAAUGGUCUUGACAUGAAGAACUAUUCAUGGUCGCAAACUCUAGGAGACGUCAUGGUUCAGGUCCCAGUUCCUUUCGGAACCAAAAAGAAAGUCGUAAUAUGCGAUAUCAAGAACACGUCUCUACGAGUGGGGGUUAAGGGUCAGCCGUUGUUGAUCGACGGCGAGUUAUUCCAGGCGGUGAAAGUUUGUGAGAGUUAUUGGAUACUGGAAGAUAAUGAAACAGUUACCAUUCUGUUAUCGAAGUGUAAUCCGUGGGAAUGGUGGAAAUCAGUGGUGAAAGGUGAUCGAGGGAUUGAUACUAGCCGAUGUGAACCGGGACUGAGACGGUUGGAUGGCUUGGGCUACGAAGCGGAACGUCACAUGAGAAAGCUGUUGUUUGAUUAUGGGCAGAAGUGUAAGGGACUCCCAACAAGCGAUAAUUGCCCGGAGGUGCUCCAGAAAUUCAUUGUUCACCAUCCAUAUUUGAACCUUCCACAAAGUGAAUGA